AUGGCAUCCAUAAAUAGUAGAGCAACGGGAAGUGUUAGGUCAAUAUUUCCCAAUGGUCCCAGUUUCACUUUGGAGAACUUCUCGAACAAGGACUUCAUAGUCAGGGAUUUCGUGGAGGAGCUUUCCGAUAGUGCCAUUCCUAUCAACCGGCGUUCAGGACCUGGACAAGCAGCCUUCGACCCAAAACCCCUCAUUAGAACUUUUGAGAGCGCUCUUGCACAGUUGAGCACCUUAUCUGAUGAAUUAGGAGAGAGCGAGACCGACUUGCUCACAUCAGUUCGACGUGCGGAACAACAGCAUGACCAGACACUGGAUACCCUGGGAAGGAAACUCGAUGAAUCGAUAGACUCCUACGAAGCCCUCGACGUGACACUCAAUCAACCAGCCGGCUCUAAUGGAAACGAUAGGAGUGGCAGAUCCGAUGGUGGGGGGUUGGUGGCAGUUCAGAUUGGAGAGCGGCUUGAAGCUCUUGAUAAACAACGAAGACGGGCGCAGGACGCUACUUUCCUCAUACAAUGCUGGCUCGAAGUCAGCGAAGCUGGACAGCUCACAUCGUUAGAGGAUAUGAUACGACGGCAGGGCAGCGGCGACAACAAAGUUCGAUGUGCAAUAAUUGCGAGGCAACUCAUGAAGAUGAGCCAAAGAUUAGAUCCAUCUUCGUGGUCGCAACCAAAUGGAACAAAAAAGAUCAAUGGUACUACGAAUGGAGUUACGGGCUACAGGGGCCACAAUACGCGGGAAUUGAUUGAGAAGUUUUCUGAGACGCUGGAGAAGGAUCUCUUGAAGCAAUUUGAUGAAAGCUAUCGGAGGCAGAAUUUCGAUGAUAUGCUAGAAUGCGCCAAAGUUCUACAUGAUUUCAAUGGUGGAGCAAGUGCCGUUGCUCUGUUUGUCAACCAGCAUCAGUUCUUCAUUGAUCGGAGCCAACUUAUCACGGAUGAAGUAACGACUGACAAUGAAACGUGGAAUCGAUUAGCUGAUCCCGAUUCUGAACCACCUGGAGUUGAGCCAAGUUUACAAUCUUUGAUCGAUGAGAUUCGAGUCGUUAUGCAGGAUGAAUCUUUUAUAAUCAAGCGGGCUUUCCCUUAUUAUGAAGUUGUUUUAACAAAGUUCAUUCAGAGAAUCUUCCAACAAUCUAUUCAGCAACGGCUGGAAAUGGUCCUAGAGAAAGCUGAUACUAUUAACUCUCUUGCCUUCUUGCGGUCAUUACAUGCUUCAAGAAGUUAUAUCAACAAUCUGAUCGACGACUUGAAAGCCCAUGGCUUGACAGAACACCCAGAGGCUUGUUCAGCACAAACUUCUCUUAGUCUGGAUCAGCAACUGGACGAGCUGUUCGUUCCAUACCUUGUCGGAAACUCUUAUAUAGAUAGAGAGAGGAAAAGUCUGGAAGAAUUGUACUCGUCCCUGCUUUUCAAAUUUACUAUAUAUCACUCGCGCCGGAAGAAGGUCCCAACAGGAUUCAUGGCAUCACUUGCGCAGCAAGGCACACAGCUGUUGUCGACAGCCAAGGAUGCGUACAUCGAUAGACUAGACUCCUCGGAACUCACGGUCACCCAGAAAGCUAUGAUGUUGAGAGUGGCUGGUCUCAAAGAUCUGGACAACAAUGCCAAGAAUGAAAUUGAAGUCACUGACGAAGAUGGACAGUUGAGCAUACCAAACGCGAAAAGAAUGUUGAAGUGGUUGGCGGAGGGGGUUCGUAGAGCUCUUGAGCUCGGUAGUGGGAGUGAUACACCAAAAGAUGUCAACGCGCUUCUAAAUUUACUUUUAAUAAGCAUGGGUCAGGUCUAUAUCGAUACUGCUCUGGACGCCGCUGCAGAUUUAGCCACUUCUCAAGAGACAAUCAAGAGCGAACCAGAUAUCUCAUACCUACCGUCAUUACAGCCUGCUAUAACCAUCACCAAUAUCAUGUCUCGGUUCAUCAACACCGUCUUGAUCCGUUUAGCUGAGCCAAAUACCACAGUCCGACGUGGAAUGGAGCUCCAGACUAAGGCAGCGGUGGAGAGGAUUGAAUCAAAAACCAACACAAUUGUUCGCAGUACUAUUACUGUGGUUCUGAAUUGGAUCACAAGAUUGCUUGCAAAUCAGAAGAAGGCCGACUUCCGACCGAAGGACAGCGAACUUGAAGGCACUCGUGGAGUGCCGGGCUACCUUGAAACUUUACAGACAGCUACAUGUGCAUCUAUCUGUACGUUUCUGACUAAAGUAGCCAAAGCUGCCGCUCAGGCUAUUGAUGGCCAGAAUCUCGAGGUUUUCAGCUGUGAGCUAGCUACAAGUGUACGAGAUCUACUUUUUGAACACUUCAAGAAGUUCCAAGUCAAUGCAACUGGUGGUUUGAUGGUUGCAAAAGACAUGUCACGCUACGUGUCUACUUUGAAAGAUUGGCCAUUGUCGAAGGAAGCCGAAGGAGGUGUUGAAUUACUAAGUGAAAUUGGCAAUUUCUUCAUUAUUGGACCAGAAGCAUUACGGGAAAGAUCUAGGAAUUUCCAAACUGGGGGCGUCGGUAGAAAGUUACAGAAAGCAGAUUUCAGGGCCUUCAUCUUCAGAAGAGAUGAUUCUGGUAGUGUUGGAAUCCAGAGCGUGCUUGCUGGGUUAUGA